AUGGAGAGGAAGACCAGCAACAGUGGGGUGGUGGCUGCCUUGGAGACCCCAACGGGCCUCCGCUUCCCCUCCAUCGAAGCUUCGCGCCCUGCUGCCGCCCCUGUCUUGGAGGAAUAUUUUGGAUUCAUGUACAUUGGAGAGAUGCUGAAGGAGUGGCGGAUGAACAAGGAAGAGGUGACCCUGGAGCGACUGCUUGCGGAGGCCAGCAACGAUCACUUGCUCUGGGAAGCCGAGCGGGCCAACCAGGAGCUCAUCCUGUUUGUCAACCGCGAGCGAGUGGUGGACAAGAUAUUGCAGUACGCUUUCAGCAGCAACGAAGCCAGCCCGCAGAGCUCGCCCUCAAAGAUGGAUGCGCAGCAGCCACCACAGAUCACCCCUGCGGAGAUCAAGAGUUUUUGUCAGGACUUGUUAUCAUUGGAGGUGAGGCAGGGUGGCGUCUUUGACGAUAGCGGCCAGACCAGGAUCAUCCACCACCUCUUCUCCUCGUUCUUCACACCCGAGGACGAAGACGGCAAACCGCGAUUCCGAGCGCCACCACCGGAAGCCGGUACCCUCCUCCAGGUGCUGGCCUACCGACCACAAUCCCGCGAGAAAGUCCUCUCGUAUCUUGUCGAUACGCCCGCCGAGAUGUUUGUGGACUUCUUUUUGGUGCAUUUGGACCAUCUGAUCGUAUCGGAUGUGCUCACGACCCUGGUGAGCCUGCUCAGCGAGGCCCCGCCCUCGGCCUGGCUGCCCACCGGCGGUCCGCGAGUGCUUCAGCUCCCGCUGUCAGAGUUUGACGUCAGCCCGAGCCUGGUCGACGCCUUCAACGAGGUACCACACUGUGCCACUUCAACACACGCGCUCGAGCUUUGUCCUGUCCUGUCGGUGGCUGACCGGCUUCUCGUCCGCGCGCAGUGGCUGAUUGCCGGCAGUUUUGUAGAUCGGGUGAUUGCCACCAUUCUCCGACCCGAUGACGGUGAUGGUGGUGGCGAUAAGCGACGGCGAGCCGAGAUCACCGAGAAGGCGUUCGGGUUGCUGGGGCAAGUGGUGAUGAUCGCGCGGUCGCACCUCCACAUUGGUCAAGACCCACCACCCAUCUUCUACGAGCUCAUGGAGGAGACCCGACUCAGGCCCUUCCUCCGCUCAAUUUUGAAACACCAGAACGACAAGGUGGUGGGCGAGGGGCUGGCGCUUCUCUCGUCGCUGUUGGUAUGCGACCGAAUGAGCGAGGCCGAGAAGAGGAAGAGGGCGGAAGAAGAGGCGGAGGAGUCCGCGAGCAACAACCAACAACCUGAAGCGGCUUCGUCGACGGCUUCGUCUUCUUCCGCACCAUCAUCAGAGAUGCAGGCCGCAGCGCAGAGUUAUGGGGACCUGCUGCCGCGACUCGACGGCAAGGCCGAUGACGGUUCGGCAUUCGACCGAAGAAGCGGAAAGAGCGAAAGCGAUCAGGUGAAGAUGCCGGAAUCGCAUUUCAACGAGGUCCUCGUGGAGGUGCUCAGAGACAGCCUUCCGACCCUGGUGAUGCGAUUAAGGCCGGAGGAAGCGUUGGAGGCGGGUAAGCCCGACUGGCAACGCGAGACCGACGCCAAGCAGGCGGAAAGCGAUGCGAUGGUCGAGCAACGGAGGCUCGAGAGAAAAGGUGGAGGCGAAGCGACGAUAACAACAACGACAACGACAACCAACGGAAAGCAGCAAGUUCAGACACUACAGAGGAAACGACCGUUUGGAUUGCUGCGCUUGAAGAUCGCCGAGUCGAUGCGCGCGCUGGUGUUGCACUUCACCGUUCCCUCAGCGGACGACACACUCGCCGAGGCGUUCUUCACACUGCUCAAGUCGUUGAAAUUCCCUACUCUCCUCGUGGAGCUGCUGAUAGACAAUCCUCGCAUGGACAUUCUUCACACAGUCAUCAUCCAAACGCUCAAGCCCAUUUUGGUGAAGGACAAACCGCGUUCCUUCCUACACGCCGUGGUCAAGGAGGGCUCGUUCAUUCGUCAGAUUGUUCAGAUCCUGCCUCUGUGCGGACUCACGAGGUUCGCUCCCAAGUCUUCUCUCUCGAGUUCACCAGAUGGGGAGUUGACUGCGUUGCGACCACCGGUGAAGGAGAUCAUGAACAGCCUCACGCGGACCUCGCUCAGCGAUCCCGACCUGACCUCGCUCCUCGACGAUCAAGGCUGGUGGGAUCAGGCCGUGAGCACCAACUCCGCCGGACCCGCGCCUCCCGCUUCGGCGAUGGUCCCCUUCGCUUAG